AGGAGCAUUUUAUAAAGAAAAAAAGUGAAGGGAGAGAGAUGCCUGAACAAUUAGAGAACUUCGGCGUCAGUGCACCUCAUGUUGCACAGCAAACAAAAACUAUCCAUCAGCAACGGUCUGAGCUACAAAUGAAGGUGGAGGAAGUUUUUGACGAAGCAGCAAAAACAGUGAAAGAAGAUAAAAAGAUCGAAGGAGAUCGUAGAACCCGCAAUGACGCUACGGCGUUGUUGUCGGCGACUGAGAAUGAAGAUGUCAUAGAGAAGGCUUCUUUGCCUACAAAAAAGAAGUAUCUUUGCAAGAAGUGUAUGCGGUCGUUUGAUUCGAGCUCAAACCUGACAUCUCACGUACGCUGCCAUCUCGAAAAGAACGAGCAGAUCCGAUGCCAGUUCUGCGAGAAGCGUUUUAAGCGACGUAACGACCUUGAGCGCCACAAGUACACCUACCACUUCCAGUUCAAGCUGGCAUGCAGCGGCAUCGUCGACGGAAGAAGCUGGGGCUGUGGCAUGGUCUACUCGAGAAGGGAUGCUCUAGUUAAACACUGGAACGGCAGGGGCAAGAAAUGCAUCACCUCCUUCCAGACGCUGCAGCAGCUGCCUAACAACAUAAAUCUGAAAGACGUGCGGAAGAAGGCAAUGAAAAAUCUCACUCAGCCCCGUUGAGCCGGGACAGC